UGGGUGGGUGAGGGUAGCUAUAUAAGGGACAGCCCAUUUCUGUCCGGUAUUGUCAUGAAGCAGAAGAAAACAUGCGCUCUUUUGGAGCUCCGGGAGACGCGCUGCUGUUGCUGCGCGCAUCGCUGCUGCUGCUGCUGGCCCAGGGGAUCCCCACAUCCAGAGGUGAAGGAGUUAUGAGACCUCCGAUGGAGCGACCCAGCGCGCACCACCUGCCAUCCUACAUGAUGCACCUUUACAGGAAUUUCAAGACGAACUUCUCCAGGCCUCCUAUGGAUAAUCUGGAGCGAGACGCGGUAAAGCAGGCGGACACGGUGAAGAGUCUGAUGGCAAAAAGUUUGACGCACAGACAUGGGUGCUGGGUGGUGACCUUUGACCUCCACGUCCUGCUGGCUGACAAACACAUCCAAGCAGCACAGUUGAGAAUAAAACUGCCUCAAUCCCAACAUGGUUCUAACUUCACUAUGGAGGUAUUCCACCUGGAUCAUGAUCUAGUGGGGCUUCUCACGGACGCCUCUGUGGUCAAUUCGUCUCAAAGCUGGAGAGUGUUCAACAUGACCAAACCUCUCCUGGACUGGCUCAGGCUAAAACCACCGGCCAGAACUCGAAACAGAAGAAAAACAACACGAAUGAAAAUACAAAAGACAAGGAGAGAGCUGUCCUUUCCUGAUCAGCUCGCUGAUGCUGGGAGUUCCAGAGCUGUGCAGGACGUGAGCAACCAGGCCUUUCUGGUUGUCUUCUCACACACAGGGUUGGACAAAAAAUCUAGGGCCAAAGCAAGCUUGCUUCGCACAGCUGAACAAUCCAAGUUUUUGUCUCCUGCUGAAAUCAAAAGGGUCGACUGGCAAAAGAGGCGAAGGAGCAAACGAGGUCAGUGGCAGCAAACAGCGAGAAGCCUGCAGGUGUUGAACAGAGGGGGAGAAAAGUCCCCCUGUUACAGGGUGGAUCUGAUCGUUGACUUUAAUCAAAUCGGAUGGGGUUCCUCCAUCAUCUCUCCCAAAAGAUUCAACGCCUACCGCUGCGAAGGUUCCUGCCAGGGUCCUCUGGGUGAAGACGCAAAUCCGAUUGAUCAUGCUUACAUGCAGGGUCUUUUGAACUAUUUCCACCCUGAGCGAGUGGUAGCACCGUGUUGUGCUCCAACCAAAAUGAGCUCUCUCAGCAUGCUCUACUUUGACAACGGACAGGUGCUCCUCCGACACCAUGAAGAUAUGAUCGUGGAAGAGUGUGGCUGCCAAUGAACCACCUCUGAGCAUGAACUGUGCAGACAUGCUGUAAAGAAGAAAAACAACUUGUGGAACACAAAAAGAAAACACUUAGCAUUAAGGAAAUAUGCUCUUCAAUAUUUGUUAACAUGCACUGUAAGAUGAUUGCAUCUGAACUUUAUUUUUUUAUACGAGCUCUGGUUUGUAACUUUUUGAGAUGUGCUGAAAUCAAUAACAGCAUUCAGCUAUUACCCAACAAUACUUCAGCAUCGUUUUCACGCAUUUUUCCGUGUCACUGACUGUAAACUAAUAUGUAUUUUUGUAGAUAUUGAAUAAUGUAUUUAAGUUUAACUAGUUUUUUAUUUGGUUUGUAAAUAUGGUGUCAUAAUGCAUUAAAAUCUGUUAAAAGUCA